AUGCCUCGUUUACUCAAGCGCUCGCAGCCUCCUCUGUAUGUUAAGCGCGCGGUAUGUAUCUACCACGCCAACCACCCUCACCUGCGCCAGGAAGACAUCGCUCGAUGGUGCUUUACACGCUACGGUAUCCAUCCGGAUCGCUCGACGACUGGGCGCGUGAUUUGUAACAAGGCCCGAUGGACCCGCACGGCUGAGAGCACCAAUACCACUCAAGUGCGUGGUGGGGCUCACCCGCAGCUGGAGCAGCGCAUUCUUCAUUGGAUUCAUCACGCGGGGGAGGAUGGCGUUCCUCUGACAUUGGCGACCAUCCGCCAUCACGCGGCCGGAAUCGCCCGCGACAUGGGCAUUCCUGCGUCCUUCCGGUGCUUGGUCGGGUGGGUGCGCCGCACAUUGCGGCGCCAUGGUGUGCGGUACAUGUCAUCACGCGGUGAGGCUGCCGACCAAGAUCUCACGGCGGUCACAACCUGCCGAACCCAGCUGCCUCAGCUCCUCAUGCAUCUCGCAGUGGUACCGGCGGAUGUUUUCAAUCUCGAUGAAACUGCCCUUUACAUCUCGGUGCUCCCUCGCAAGACGUACGGCACGGCGUGCGUGGCUGGCCACAAGAUCCCCAAGGAGAGGCUCAUGGUUGGCUUCCUCAUCAACGCGGACGGCACCCUUGUUAUCUCGAAGUCAAAGCGCCCGCACGACUUCCUCCCGGACUACGACCCCGAGCUGUUGUGCUACUGGAAGUCCAACAAGAAAGGGUGGAUGACGUCUGAGCUCUUCACCGCUUUCAUGGAGCAGCUCAACGCGGCGAUGUAUGCUGAGAAGAGGCACAUCAUCAUCCUUCUCGACAAUGCAAGCAGGCACGUGCUCAAGACCGAGACGGCUACGGCAGAGGACUUGUCCGGGUUCUGCACCCGCUUACUAUCCAACAUCCGACUCGUCUAUCUCCCCCCGGACACCACGUGUUUCACGCACCCCCUCGAUUAG